UUAUCUUACUUCGGCACCGCAGUUCAGUUUCAACCUUGGUAGCGUGUAGUUCGCUCGUGCCGGUUCCAAGUGCGUCCGACGAGAGUGUGAGAAGGUAUCAUUCGCCAGUGUUUUCCGUGUGACCGAGAAAAGUCACGAAAAUCUCGUGCUGAGUGAGGGAGUGAAAAAAAAGUGUCCAUGUGAGUGAAGGUGGUCAGCGUGAUUAUUUUUUUGAAGAGUGUAAUCCAAUCGUGUCAAGGAAGUUUUGUGCAAGACGCGUCCGCUAAAUGACAUUUGUGGCAGCGUGAGGUGAUCCACCAGCCAAGUGUGCGAAUCUUCAUCCCUGGAAGACACUUCUCGCGAGGCGCUUGGCGACAAAAUUUAAAGAAUUUUGCCGUGAUACGUGAGGAUUCUGGUGAAGACGAGAUCUGCAAAAUGUCGUGCUCACGUGGCUUGAAGUGUUGUCUAAAUUUAAAUCAUGUUCUUGUGCUCUUUUUCGUGGUGUGCAGUUUAUUUCUGGUGAAUUCACUUGUUGUGGCCAAGAAUGUGAAUCACCAUCAUCAGGACAUGACUGAGUCUUCCAAUGAAGAUUCAUGCGAUGCUGUUAGGAGUUUCUUCGAUACUAUCAAUGUCACCGUUCCAGAUCGAGCUACAGAUUCAGGCUCAAUAUGCAAUGGACGAUGUUGCAGCAAUGCCACUGAGGAUGAACUGAUGGCAAAGUCAACGAAUAAUUUCAAGCAAAUUCUUCGGCAUCAUACAAGAAGUCUCAGGGGUAUACUUGAGUCAACAGCCACAAUUUUUCGUGAAAAUGUAAUUCAAUUGUCACUUCAGUCAGAGAACAAGACAUUGAAUUUAUUCAACCAAGUUUACCGGCGGAUGUCACCUUUUUCGCGACAGCCAAUUUCAGACUUGUACCAGAGUAUUCGAAGUCACAUAUCACCAAAUUCUUACACAGACAAUCUCGAUAUUGAGAAUGUUGUCACAAAUUUCUUCGUGAGUUUGUUUCCUGUUGCAUAUCAUCAUGUUGUUCAUGCUGAGAGUGAUACGCACAGUAGUGAUUUUCAUGUUGACUACAAAAAUUGUCUAAUGCACACAUUUGAGGAUAUCCAACCAUUUGGAGAUAUUCCACGAAUAGUGGCCAGGAGUUUGCAGCAAAGUGUAGGAGCUGCUACGGUCUUUGUGCGAGCCCUCGAUCGAGGAGCAGAUGUUUUGGCCAGUACAGAAGAGUUAGAUUCUGAAUAUUUGACACAUAAGUGUAAGAUGCACCUCCUCAAGAUGAGCUACUGUCCCGAGUGCAGAGGCAUGAUCAAGGGACGGGUGAAAAGUUGCUACAGUUACUGUAGCAAUGUAAUGAGAGGUUGUCUCACACAGUACGUGGGAAGUUUAGAUAGUCCCUGGACCAGUUUUGCUGAGUCCAUGGAGCGCCUACUGGGGCUGGUGCGCUCAAAGGAGGGAAUUGAGACUGUCAUCAAGACACUGGAGGUUAAACUCUCAGAAGCCAUCAUGUAUGCCAUGCAAAACGGUCCAGAGUUGGAGAAGAAGGUGAAAAAAUCUUGUGGAACACCAACUCUUUUGCCAAAUGAGAAAACAGCCAUUCCCGAGGAUCGUGUCCAGCAGAGUGGAAUGCCACAGAAAUGGGUAUCACCGCCGGAUACAGACAUGCUUCAUUUUCUCGUCACUAUUGACAAAUCCAAGGAGUUCUACUCUAAAAUUGUAACUAGCAUUUGUGAGGAUGAGGAGUACGAGAGGGAAGAUAAGGGAUGCUGGACUGGGGACAGAAUUGGUGAAUAUACCCAUGGAGUGAUUGCCACGGGUGCAAAUUCACAGAAGUACAAUCCUGAGGUGCCAUUGGAGAAUCCUUACCGUGCCAAUACCAAAAUAAACGAAUUAGUCGACAAAUUAAUCAACCUGCGCCAAACUGUGGCAAAUGCGAUAAGCCAACACUCGAAUCACGUGGACUCAGACAAGAUGCAGUCGGAUAUGGCAGAAGGAUCUGCCAUGUGGAACUCCGACAAUUCAGAUGACAGUGAUCUGGAUGGUAUUGACGGAUCGGGUUCAGGCGACGGAAGUCUUCGCGGUCGCGUUGGAGGCGUUCCUUUCGAUACUACUCGAUCACCAUCCCUAAGUCCUGGAAUGGGUGGAUCUCCGGACAAAGUAGCUUCCGGAAAUGCUCUGCGAACGUGGAGUUUUGCUGUGGUAACUCUUGUCAGUUUUCUUGUGAUGCUUGCCAGCAAUCACUGAAGGUUCUUAGCAUUGUGACGAGUCUCUUGCGAAGCAAUCCAUCUCCUCAAUUGACGAUCCCUCUCCCUCCCCCUCAGUCAAAGAUCGUCCAAUAAUGAGGAUGGACACUAUAAUUUCUAAUUUGACUGUUCUUUCAUCGAUGUGAAUCUUGUUUCUCUGUAUUUUCUUCCUGGAUAUUACGAUCAAGGUUUUGAAGAUAUCCCAAAGUGUCACAUUAUUCGUUCGAAAGCAAUAUUUUUGGGUCUACCUUUUUUUUUUUAAAAAAAAAAUAUAUAUAAAAAGUCUCAUGUAUUUUGUAAAUAUUCGUUUUAGAGAAGAACAAAUUGAAAAAUAGUUUUGUUUGGUCAAAAAUUCGUAAAUUCUGCCUUUUUUGAAAAUUUUAAAAAUUCGUUUUUUGAAUUUUAAAUUCAUUUUUUUAAGAAUAAAUGUAACUUUUUUGUAUUUGUGUGUAAAUUCAUGGGAUAGAAUCGCCCAGAUUUAUCAGGCCAAUAUCGAAAGAUGAAGAGAACAAGAAUAUUUGGAGGAAAAUAUCGUGUUACGUUUAUACAUAUAGGAAAAAAAAGAAAUAUUCAAGAAAAAAAAAGAUAUCAUAUAAAUGUAAUAAAAUAUUAAUAAUUUAUUAAGUGUAAAUAAGACACAAAUCAUGUGGGAAAUGCAGUGGAGAUAAAUAGUCCUUUUUCUUGUGAGAAUCAUUUCAAAGAAAAAAAAUGUGAAGAAGGAAAAAAUGCCUAAAGAAAAAAGGAGAAAAUUGCUAGAAUUGUAUGAAUGAGAUUUGAAUGAUCUAGAAGAAAAAAAAUGGUCUAAAGAGUGGGCUAAAAAAAAUUGUGCAGAGAAAAAAAAUUCCAAAAUUGUCCAAAUUUGCAAUAAAUAUAUUGUUUAAUUUAUUUUCCAAAAAAAAAAAUUAAAAUUUAUUAAAAAAUCUACCCCAUUUUAUCAUGAAACAAAUCAUCAUUUGAUCGCCCUCUUUCGUGAAUGAUUGCGAUUGGUUGAUUAAUAAAACUGUGAUUGAGAUAAAACUAAUUUUUAACCUAAAGAUUUAUGAAGAGAAAAAAUAAAGAAAAAAAAACUAGGGAAAAUCUAUGAAAAAAAUAAGAAUGUUAGUGUGUAUAGAAAGUAUUUCUAUUUAAGUUAUAAUUUUACAAGAAGAUCGCAAAUUAAUAUCAAUUAAUCAAUUUCUUGUGUAAUCAAUUUUAUUUUUUCGUCAAAGAAAAACUCAUUAAAUUGCAUUUAUUUCUUAGAAGAAACAAAAAAAAAUAUAAGAAACUUGUGAGUGUACCAAGAAAGUGAAAAGUCCUGGAAAUAAAAUUAAAAGAAAAAAAAAUUGUUGAAAAAGAAAGAGUCAAGAAUUGUUGAUAAAAUCGCAUAUAAAUUGCAUCGUAAGUUUGUUGAUAGAAUUUGAAAGAGAAAGAAAAUGUGAGAAAUUCACGCAAUUCCUGCGUGAAGAUUGGACUCUAAAAUGUACUGGAGUGUGCUGAAAGGGAGUUUAAUUAUAAACUGAAGAAAAUAUUUUGAAGCCAUACAUUGUACAUACUUAUUAUUAAUUAUAUUUUUGUUGAAGAUACAAGAUGAAGAAAGAAAAAAAAACCGUGGAAAAUCUGAUAAAAAUGAGCAAAUUAACUCUCGCUUCUCUAAACAAAAAAAGAACACACAGAAUUUGUACAAUAAACAUAUGUAUGAUGACAUUUAUUAAUGUCCUACAAUUUAUGAUUUUCAAAUAGAGAUUGAUGAAAACCACUAAAAA